CAACGCCAUCGCAGUGACAGUCAAGUCAACAACCGUUCGUCCCAGGUGCUCCGAGAUGGCCAACUAAUUGAAGAACGAUGGUACAAGGUACAAGUUGGGGACAUUAUUCGGAUGGAGAAUGACCAAUUCGUAGCUAUCUCCUCUUACUCUCCACGAGCGAACCCAACGGACUUUGCUACAUUGAAACGGCUGAACUCGAUGGGGAAACAAAUCUUAAAUGCCGACAAGCUAUUCCGGAGACUGCAGAGAUGGGGGAAGAUCACGCACUCUUUGCAAAAUUUACAGGUGAUAUAAUCUGUGAACCCCCCAACAACAACCUUAGCAAAUUCGAGGGUACUCUCCGGUGGGAGGGAGAAACGUAUUCUCUGGAUAACGACAAGGUGCUAUACAGGGGCUGCGUCCUGCGAAACACUCGUUGGUGCUACGGGAUCGUCAUCUUCGCUGGCAGAGACACUAAACUCAUGCAAAACAGCGGAAAAACCAUCUUCAAACGCACAAGCCUCGACCGCUUGCUGAAUGUUAUCAUUAUUGGAAUCGUGUUCUUCCUGCUGAGCCUGUGCCUGUUCUGCACCGUAGCGUGUGGUGUGUGGGAGACGGUUACGGGCCAGCACUUCCGCCUCUACCUGCCGUGGGACCCGUUGGCGCCGGAAAGCACCACUAGUGGCGCUGCGGUCACAGCCGUCCUCGUCUUCUUCUCCUACGGCAUUGUCAUGAAUACCGUUGUGCCUAUAUCUCUCUAUGUCAGUGUCGAAGUCAUAAGAUUCUGCCACAGUCUGUGGAUCAAUUGGGAUGAAAAUAUGUAUUACGCGCAUAAUGACACUCCGGCCAAAGCUCGGACGACCACUCUCAACGAAGAAUUAGGGCAGAUCGAGUACAUAUUCUCCGACAAAACUGGCACUCUAACCCAAAAUAUAAUGACCUUCAACAAAUGCUCCAUUAAUGGGAAGCUAUACGGAGAUAUGUUGGACGAAAACACAGGAGAACCUAUAGUCAUUACAGAGGAUACGAAACCAAUCGAUUUGUCCUUUAAUCCGAUGCAUGAAGCCAAAUUCAAGUUCUACGACAAAACUUUGAUCGAAGAUAUACGAAAUGGAGAUCCUUACGUUUACGAGUUCUUUAGGUUACUUGCUCUGUGCCAUACUGUCAUGUCUGAAGAAAAAGCAGGAGGUAUUUUGGAAUAUCAAGCACAAUCUCCUGAUGAAGAGGCACUCACAUCGGCAGCUAGAAACUUUGGAUUUGUUUUCCGGAAUCGGACACCAGCAUCUGUAGUCAUUGACGUGAUGGGGCAUCAUGAAGUAUAUGACUUGUAUUGUAUUUUAGAUUUCAAUAACGUACGCAAGCGUAUGUCUGUGAUACUUCGAAAAGACGGCGUUUUGAAGCUGUACUGCAAAGGAGCAGAUUCUGUAAUUUUCGAAAGACUGGAUGAGAGCUGUACAGAAUUGAAACACAAAACACUGGAGCACUUAAACAAAUUUGCCGGAGAAGGACUGAGGACACUGUGUUUGGCUGUAAAAGAAUUGGAUGAAGAAAGUUUCGAGAGAUGGAAAGAAAAAUUUCAUGCUGCGGCCACUUCCAUGGAAGAAAGAGAAGAGAAAGUGAAUGCCGUUUACGAAGAGAUCGAACAGAACUUGAUCCUUCUGGGUGCGACAGCCAUUGAAGACAAGCUGCAAGAUGGAGUGCCUGAUGCUAUUGCCAAUCUAGCUAUGGCUGACAUCAAGCUUUGGGUACUUACUGGAGACAAACAAGAGACCGCUAUAAACAUCGGCUAUUCCUGUCAUCUUCUAUCUGACGAGAUGGUGGAUAUUUUCAUCGUAGACGCAACAAGUUACGCUGAGGUAUCUAAUCAGCUCCAACGGUUCCGAGAAUCCAUCGCUAACGUUCUUGCACACAGUCAAGGGAACACAUCCUGCAACGUCGUCCGUUUCCACAAUGAUCUCAACGCAGUCGAAUCGCCUGUCGACCCUACAGGAGGAUUUGCCCUGGUUGUCAAUGGACAUAGCUUGGUUCAUGCACUGGAGGAAAGUAUGGAGUUAUUGUUCUUGGAAGUGGCGUGCCAAUGCAAAGCUGUCAUCUGCUGCCGUGUUACUCCCCUGCAGAAAGCCCUUGUCGUUGACCUUGUCAAAAGGCACAAGGGGGCUGUUACCUUGGCCAUAGGAGAUGGUGCAAAUGAUGUGUCCAUGAUUAAGACUGCGCAUAUCGGAGUAGGGAUUAGUGGACAAGAAGGCAUGCAAGCUGUUCUUGCCAGUGACUUUUCCCUUGCCCAGUUCCGAUAUCUGGAAAGACUACUGCUGGUCCACGGUCGUUGGUCAUAUUUCAGAAUGAGUAAGUUCCUCAGGUAUUUCUUCUACAAGAACUUCGCCUUCACCUUAUGCCAUUUCUGGUUCGGAUUCUUUUGUGGAUUCUCCGCCCAGACUGUGUAUGAUCCGAACUUCAUUUCCUGUUAUAACGUUUUCUAUACAUCGAUGCCAGUUCUCGCCCUCGGCAUUUUUGACCAAGAUGUCAAUGAUCGCAAUUCUUUGCACUAUCCCAAACUUUAUACUCCUGGCCACAAGAACUUGCUCUUCAACAAGAAGGAGUUCUUCAAGUCUCUUGUGCACGGAGUCUGCACAUCUUUCACCCUUUUCUUCAUUCCGUAUGGAUCAUUCUACCAAAAUGUGAAUAUCCAUGGCAUCAAUAUGGAUGGACAUCAAAUAUUUGGAACAGUUGUGUCCACGCUUCUCGUGCUUGUCGUAACUGCUCAGGUGGCAUUGGAUACUUCCUAUUGGACUGUCUUUAACCAUAUUGUGAUCUUUGGAAGCGUGGCCUUUUUCUUCGCACUUACCUUAUUCAUAAACAGUGAUCUCAUCAAAAGCAAGUACCUGGGGGCCUUUCGUAUGACUCUCAGCUCGCCUACAUUUUGGUUCACGACUCUUCUCAUCUUGGUUAUUCUCCUUAUUCCAAUCAUUGCCAUUCGAUUCUACUAUGUCCACGUUCAUCCAACGCUUUCGGACCGCGUUCGUCUAAAGCAAAGGAGGAUGCGCAUCCAAGCUGAACCAUCCGAGCCACAAAUCAUGAUGCCCCAACUGAUGAGAAGACCGAGCAGAAGGAAAUCUAUGAGGUCCGGUUACGCCUUUGCCCACCAAGAGGGUUUCGGUAGACUUAUCAUGAGCGGGAAAAUCAUGAAGAAAUCCAAAUCGAGUUCUUUCAGCAACAACAUGCUGCCUCCUUUAUUACCUGGUACAUUAACCAACUUCAGGCCAACAAUAAGAGUUUGAAUUAGACAUGUGUUACUCAGCACAUACUGGUCAAGAACUAAUGAUAUGUAUUUUGAUCUUAAAAAGCAACUCAUACGAUGAUGAUUUACAGAGAUUACGUCUUACAAGUUCAUUAGCCCCACCUUAACUGCCAAUAUUGCUGAUUUUUGAUUGUUAUAUCUACAAAUAAUUAUCAGUUUAAAAUAAAGGUACAAAUUAACUAAUUCA